GUUACAAAUAUAGAUGGAUUCUUGCGGUUUUCUUGGUUGUUGGAGCGUUAAAAUCUCUUUCUGCGUGCAGAAACAGUUAUAUACGGAUGUUACAGUUAGUUCUUGGCGGAAAUAAUAAAUUCGUUUAAAAAGAACGCAUUUGCGAAUAAAAAGAAACUUUUUUACGUAACUCAAAGUGAAAGUGAUUUUUUUAUAAAAGUAGGCGUUGGUUUUAAGUUUUAACAAAAGAAGCAUUAACGUCAACGAAACCAGAAUAAAUCAAAAUGAAAUCGAUUUUAUUUCCGGUGUUAAUUUCAAUGAUGGUUUUAGAAACGUUAAGUAAAGAUAUGUUAAGGAAAAGUAUCGUUUUUGACAAACACACCCCCGACGUUUUUUAUUGUCCAUUAGAAAAACCAACGGGAUUCGAUAAAUUAAUCGUUAGGGCACGUCCAUUAAAAAAGUUGUGCGAAUUUGAAGGAAAACCACUUCCAGAAGACUACAAAAGUGAUUGUUACAAAGAUAUAGAUGAAUCUGAUUUUGCAUGUAAAGAGAAAUAUCGUAUAAUGAAAAGCAUACACAAAGACAAAAAAUUAACAAAGAGCGAAAAAGGAAGCCAUAGCUAAAGAAAUGUUCACGUUUAUGUACAGAUUAAUUAAAUUUAUAAAGAAACACGCUGCCGAGCCAAAAUAAUCAACUCCUAUUUAAUUAAUUAAUUCGCCUUUUUGUAACCAGAUUAACUUAUUUUAAUUUAUUAAUAACUUUAUCCCUCUCAAAGCUUUUAAAAAAAGCUUCAAAUAAACUGUUAAGUUUAUAAUGGUGGUGGUUAACUUUAAUUAAUUAAUUAAUUAUUUAAUUUAUUUAUUUUUUAAUUUAAAAUGCACGUUUUUGUCUUCGUU